CAAAAACUAUCGGUAGCGUUGUGAUCACUAACCAAACUGUCCUGCAAGCCGGCGUCUUUUUUUUAUGUUCCAAACAAACCGCUGCCAAGGUGAGUGAAUCGGCAACUUGAGAAAACUGUUCUUCAGCUGACUGGUUUGGUAGACUGAGUGUCCAUGAUGCGCCCAGAACUAUUGUUUUUCGCCGUGGGACUGGCAUAUUGCUAUGGAAGUGCGAUCAUGGUUUCGCAAACGACGGAUACAGUUUACCUAGCGCCGGGAACAUCAAUUGAUAUUGCGGAAAAUGUAUAUGGGUCCAAGACCCUGCGGACCUACUGCUAUCCUGGCGAAAAGAACUCGGUACUGGGCCUGUUCGAAACGGUCGAGUUUGUCCUGAACAUUGCCAACGAGGAGUACACAGAAUAUGGCGGAAAGUCUCCGGAGGAAGUCCUCGAGCACUACAACGAGCAGAAGUCCCUGUUUAGCCUGACCCUGUUCUCUCAGAAGCGAAAGAAGAUUCCACUGUCGCCUUUCGAGCAGCAGUGCAUCGGAGUGGCCUCCAGGCAGCCGUAUAACGUCACCCUAUAUUACCGUCAAGUGGACUUGAUGCGCUUGCUGCAGUUGAGCGCGGGUAUUUUGAUCUUCUGGAGCAGCCGUCGUUUGGCCAAGAAUGCGGUGUUCUAUUACCUGGCUGGCGGUUCAAUGGGCAUCUUUGCCUCCAUUCUGAUCAUCAUAUUCCUGGCCUCGAAGCUCUUUCCACGGCGCCCGAUGAUGUACGGCGUUUUGAUUGGCGGCUGGACCAUCGGCUUUUAUGUAAUCAAGCAGCUGGUGGACAACAUGAGGGUGAUACUGCUCACCUACAGGGACUACGUGGUUUGGUACUUGGUCAUCACGGGAUUGAUCUCGUUUCUGAUUUGCUAUCGUUUUGGACCGCCGAAGAACCCCCGAUCCCAGAACAUCGUCAUGUGGGUGCUUCAGGCUCUUGGCGGAGCUCUGAUGUACUUCAGCAGCUGGCACACUAGAGUGACUAUUUUCGUUAUGGUCGUGACCUUUGUGGCACAUUACUUCCCACCGUCGCUAGUCGCCUACUGCAAGAAGGUGUACCGACUUCGCUUCCCGCCCAAGAUGAGGUUUCUCACCCAGGAGGAGUACUACCUGCAAACCGCCAACGAGACGGCCAAAUCGCUCUCUGAGCUGCGUCAGUUCGUCAACAGUCCGGAGUGCAAGCAGUGGAGCGUCAUUGCAAACCUGCGCAACCCCAUGCGCUUCGCCUCUUUCGCCAACGGAGCCCCGCAUCUGUUUGACGAGGAGAUAGACGACUACUCCAGGGCCAUCGAGGAGUCCAUGGAACAGGUGGCCGAAGAGGAGGCGGAGGAGUACGUCCAGUGCAGUAUGUACUACAGGCCUCCGGCGGAGAGGCACUCGUCCGAGAAUCGCGAACGCGACCGGGCGAGCGCUCAGAUGCCCACCCACAGCCGACACUUCAUGGCCCAGGGCAACGAUGACAGCAGCUCGGACGAGGAGGAGGACAACAACGAGUACAUGGACCAAGACGAAGAGGACUCGGACUAAGCCAAGACGCCAUUGGCCAACAUCACGCAUUGUCGCCCCCAAGAGGUGCGUGGAACUGGUCCAACUUUCGCCUGGGGGCAGAAAUGCCAAAUACGCAAACGUCAUAGACUCGUAGGGUAACAAGGACUGGCAGAACUCACUGCCCACCUGACCAACUGGAAGCUCUUGACUCAUUUUCAUCCACACCAUCUCUUGAAACGGCAGCAGGUCUGUUGGUCACUCUCAUAUUUAUAAAUCGAAGGCGGCACAAGUCCUUACUAUUCACCCACCACUCUGCAGACCGAAUGGUUUCACUCGAAGACUAAAGACUAAAACUAAUAUAAUUUUCGUUCAUUUUUCCGUUUCCGUUCCGUUCGUAUUGUAAAAAUGUAUACUUAAUUAUUGUUUGUAAAUCGAUUCUCGAAAGUUUCUAAAUGAAAAACUAUAGCCGUCGGUACUUAUCUCGAAAACUCAUCUGACUUUUAAGGAUUCCUUAACAACGUCUCUCACCAAAAAACAACUGCCUCACCAAACGCAUAUUCCUGUACUCUGUUCAAGUUCAUUUCAUUGUAAAUGUUCAUGUAAACGAAGAAAAAAGAUUUUAAAAACCACUAGUAGAAAUAAAUUAAACUAUUUGAUAUUCGGAAAGUA